AUGACCAGUACGGCCUAUUUGGCGCAGCUGGGAAUUCCCUUCGGAGGCCCCCCGGUGAUCUUGAAGGACCCAGCCGAGGAGUUUCAGGCAUCGCCGCCGGCCAAGGCGGCAUCGGCAGCCACAUCUUCCAAGGCGCCGACCGAGGCCAAAUCUGAGAAGGCUGAUGGAGCCCCUGAUGGUCGAAGCUUCUUGGAGAAGUGGAUCGAAGCAGAUCUGGCGAAGGGUGGAAGAUGCGAGAAGCUCAAGGAGAAGGUCUUGACCCGCUUUCCGCCGGAACCCAACGGCUAUUUGCACAUCGGUCAUGCCAAAUCCAUCAUGAUCAACUUCGGCCUGGCCUACAAGUACGGUGGCCAGUGCAAUUUACGCUUUGAUGACACCAAUCCUGACACAGAAGAGACUGAGUACGUGGAAGCCAUUCAGGAAGACGUGGCCUGGGUUUGCCAGGCCUUGAACAUGGAGAAGAUGAAGAAGGGCGGCAAACCCUGGAAAGAUGAGGUCCUCUAUGCCAGUGAUUAUUUCCAGCAGAUGUACGACUUUGCCAUUGAUCUCAUCAAGCAUGGCAAGGCUUACGUGGAUUCGCAGACCCCCGAGGAGGUGCAAAAGAACCGCGGAGGAGGUCCCAAUAACCUGCCAGGGGUGGACUCGAAGUUUCGGAACCGCAGUGUGGAGGAGAACUUGAAGCUCUUCCAGGAGAUGCAAGACGGAAAGCACGCAGAAGGUUCUCAGCUGUUGCGAGCGAAGAUCGAUAUGCAGCAUCCCAACAUGAACAUGAGAGAUCCACCCAUGUACCGGAUUCGUUUCAGCAGUCACCACAGAAGCGGUGACAAGUGGAAGGUCUAUCCGAUGUACGACUUUGCGCACGGCAACGAGGAUGCCAUCGAAGGUGUCACGCACUCCAUUUGCACCUUGGAAUUUGAGAACCACCGGGCCUUGUACGACUGGUUCCUGGAUAAUUGCAGCAUCAUUCCAAGCAGACCAUACCAGAAGGAGUUUGCCCGGCUGGAAGUGCAGGGUGCUGUGACCUCCAAGAGAAAGCUCCUGAGGUAUAGCAUUCGGUCACACAAGGAUCAAAUCGUGCAGUCUCUGGUUGAGCAGGAGGGCCACGUCAGCGGCUGGGACGACUCACGGCUGCUGACGAUCCGCGGCAUCCGGCGCCGCGGCGUGCGGCCGCAGGGGCUGAAGUGCAUGGCCGACGGGGUGGGCGUCAGCGACCGCAACAGCACCACCCCCUGGGAUUUCGUGGAGGAGUGUUGGAGAGAAGACUUGGAGCCCAUUAGCAAGCGACGGUUGGCGGUGUUGGAUCCCCUGGAAGUGGAGAUUGUCGACUACAACAAGGAGGAGCUCAUUGAGGGCAUCACCGAUCUCCCCGAGCAAUCCGCCAGCAGCGACCCCAGCUGCGCGCGCACGCUGAGUUUUUCCAAGAGCCUCUUCAUUGACCGCAGUGACUAUCAGGAGAAUCCACCAGAGGGAUACUUCCGCCUGGGCGCCAUUGGAAGCGAAGUAAAGCUUCGUCAUUCCUACGUGAUCAAGUUGAAGGAAGUCAUAAAAGAUAAAAGUGGAACUGUGACAAAGCUCAAGUGCAGUCACGAUCCAGCCACGCGCGACACGAUGCCUGCGGAUCGCAAGCCCAAAGUCAUCCACUGGGUCAAUGCCAAGGACUGUUUGGAUGCCGAGGUGCGGUUGAUCAAUCCUCUGUUCCUGGCCAUGCCGGAUCCCAUGCCGGAGGGAAAGGAUUUCUUGGACUACAUCAAUCCAGAGGCCAUGGUGAGAUGUGCGGCCAAAGUGGAGAAAGCUUUGGGCAAACCUGUCCUGGAGGACCGCUACCAGUUUGAGCGUGUGGGCUAUUUCGCACCAGACUACGAUUGUUUCAGUGAGCCCAAGAAGCUGUCCUUCAACCGUGUGGUGCCAUUGAAAGAGAGCGCCGACAAGAAGAAGAUCGAAGGAAAAGGGACGGCGAGCCGGAAAGAAGCGCAGCAGGCGCAACUGGCGGAGAAGGAACGGCUGCAGAAGAUUCCCCCGGAGGAGUUCUUCAAGUCGGAAAGAGGUGCCGAGUUUUCGGCCUACGACGAACAGGGAGUGCCCACCCACGACAAGGAGGGGAAUGCCUUGCCAAAGAGUGCCAUGAAGAAAUUGGCCAAGGAUUUGGAGAAGCAAAAGAAGCUCUAUGAAUCUUGGAAGGCUUCAAAGUGA